AUGGCUUCUGACAGAGGUCCUCCAGCGGGAGAUCCCACAUUGAGGAGAAGAAUUGAACCCUGGGAAUUUGAAUUCUCCUUUGACCCCAGAAAAUUCUGUAAAGAGGCCUGUCUGCUCUACGAAAUCCAGUGGGGCAACAGCCGGGACGUCUGGCGACACUCGGGCAAAAACACCACCAAGCAUGUUGAACGCAAUUUUAUAGAAAAAAUUGCUUCAGAAAGAUAUUUUUGCCCAUCCAUCAGCUGCUCCAUCUUCUGGUACUUGUCCUGGAGUCCCUGCUGGGAAUGCUCCAAGGCCAUUAGAGAAUUUUUGAAUCAGCAUCCUAAUGUGACCCUAGUUAUUUACGUAGCACGGCUUUUCCAGCACAUGGAUCCGCAAAACCGGCAAGGACUCAAAGACCUGUUUCACAGCGGUGUGACUAUCCAGGUCAUGAGAGCCCCAGAGUAUGAUCACUGCUGGAGGAAUUUUGUCAACUACCCCUGUGGGAAAGAAGCUCACUGGCCAAGAUAUCCCCCUCUGUGGAUAAACUUGUAUGCAUUGGAACUCUACUGCAUCAUUUCAGGUCUCCCUCCCUGCUUACAGAUUUCAAGAAGAUAUCAGAAUCAGCUCAUAGAGUUCAGACUUAUUCUUCAAAAUUGUCAUUACCAAAUGAUUCCACCCUAUAUCCUUUUAGCGACGGGGAUGAUACAACUUCCUGUGACUUGGAGAUGA